UCCUUCAAUCCCCUCCCCCUGCCUGCGGCUACCGCCUGGGGGUGUGGUUUGCUCUGGCCACUUCUGCUUUUCCAGGAGCCCCGGCGCUCUGUGAGCUGGGGAGGGGGAUUCAGGAUGCCCCUGGCAGCCCCCAUUUAAUAACGACAGGAGCAAAAGCAGCAGGCGUUUCCGAGGCCCCUUGGCUGGCUAGGCUGGCAGACGCCCAGGGGGCUCUGAGAGUCUCACCCCACGGCUGAGUCCAUGUCGUGGCAGGUCGGGUGUUUCUAGUGGGGUGAGCUCAGGGGGCGGGAACGGCUUGUCAUCCCCAUCGGAGUUCAGGGGGCUGUGCUCCCAGACCCCCAGGCAACCCAAAACCCCACAAGCAGAGAGGCAUUUGCCAGCUCUGCCCAAAAAUGGGAGUAGCCAGCUCACAGCAGCUGAUCGGAAACUUACGAGCAAAGUGGUGAAAAUUAACAUUGGAGCCCGGGAGUCCUGGUUCCCAGCCCCCUUGCUCUAGCAUGUCAGCCCUGGUGUUCCCAUGUGCCAGCUCUGACCCAGUCGAUCUCCCCAGGCCUGCAGGAUCAGAGGGAUGGAGCAACUCCGGGAGGACGUCACCUGCUCCAUCUGCCUGGACGUCUUGAACAACCCCGUCUCAAUUGAGUGUGGCCACAACUUCUGCCGGGGCUGCCUCUCCAUUCACUGGAGCGAGGUCUCAGCCCAAGGGCGCCGUUGCCCGGAGUGCCGAGCUCCCUGCUCCAGGGGCAGGAUGAUCCCAGACACACGUGUCGAAAGCCUGGUGGAGAAAUUCACCAAGCUCUUGCGGGAAGAGCCGGAGCCGCAGGGGCCGGGGGCUCCACCGGAGAUGGGGCGCCCGGUGCAGCUGGUGCAUCUGGACGAGGAAGGGGGCCUGACCCUGGACGAGGAGGCUCUGAGCCGCUGCCUGGAGCGGGGUGGGGUGGGGGACGCCCCCGUCUGCCUGGUGUCCAUCAUCGGGGAGCAGCGCCUGGGUAAAUCCUUCCUGCUGAACUACCUGCUGCGCCGGCUCCGGAGCCCGGACGCGAGGGAUGGGUCAUGGAUGGGCCAGGAGGACGAGCCCCUGGAGGGGUUUGAGUGGCGUGCGGAUGAGGACCGAGUCACCAAGGGGGUGUGGGCAUGGAGUCAGCCCUUCUGGGUCCCGUCCAAGGGGGGAAAGGUGGCCGUGCUGCUGGUCGACACCGAGGGCUCCAUGGACAUUGAAAGGAACAAGGAGACCAGCAUCAAACUCUCCGCCAUGUCCAUGCUGCUCAGCUCCUACCAGAUACUGAACAUUGGCCGUCGGGUGAAGGACCCGGAUUUCGAAUACCUGGAGAUGUUUGUGCAGGUGGCCGAAGUGGUGGGGGGGGCCUACGGACUGGAGCCCAUUCAGCAUCUAGACCUGCUGGUGCGAGAUUCGAAUAUCCCCGGGGUCCUCGGAGCCCAGGGUGGGGAGCAGCAUCUGAGACGAGUCAGACAGUGUUACCUGAUGCCCUCCCCUGGCGAGCGGAUCGUGAGUGGAAGCGAGGGAAGGCUGAGAGACAUGGGUGAGAAUUUCCGGGAGAGCCUGAGGGACUACAUCACCACCCUGGGGAGCUCGGCCGGUCAACACAUCCGGACGGACCGGCAUGGGGAGCUGCUCACCGGGACACAGCUUGCUACCAAGAUAAAGAAUUUAUCUAAUGUGAUGAAGAAACAUCGCUCCGGCUUCUCCUCACCCUGUCAGAUGGCCAUCACCUUCCACAACCAGAGAGACGGCCUGUCCCAGCGCAUGGAUGACUGUCUGAAGGUGGAUCCAGGCGCAAUGGUGAAGCAGUUGGUGGAGCAGCGCAGGUCACUGCUGGGGCGGUGCCGGGAGGAGAUGAAGGAGCCGGCGGAGACCCUGCUGACGGCGCUGGAGGAAGAGCUGACUCGGGAGGCCAAGACCUUCCUGGAGACCUACAGAAGGCGCUACCAGUGUCACGCCAACCAGAGAGCCAUGGACAGAGCCCGCACAGACCACACUGCCUUUCUGAAGGCGAAGGACACCAAGAACCCAAUUAAAUGCCUGAUGGUGAAGCCGAGCAAGAUGGCAAAACUGCUCGCAGAGCAGCGUGGGCAGUUGCUGGAGCGGUGCCGGACGGACAUGCUGCCAAAGAAAGAGGCCCUGGGGAUGGAGCUGGAGGUGGAGCUGACGCAGAAGAAAGAGGCCCGGCUGAUGGAGCUGGAGGCGGAGCUGAAGCAGAAGGCCGAGACCUUCCUGGAGAUCUACAGGAAGCGCUUCACGACAUUUGCCAUUGCGGCAGGCGCUGCUGUGGGGACGGUGGUCCUGGCACCAGUGGGUGGAGCUGCUGCUGCGGGAAUUGCCACUGCGGUCGGCGUGGCUGAGGCGGUGGCCAUUGGUGUUGGGACAGGUGCCGUGACCGGGAUGUGCGUAGGUGGGGGCGUGGGAGGGGGAGUUGGUGGGAACAUCGCCCGGCAGGAUAUGAACCGGGCCGAGGCCACUGCCAGCCAAGGGGAGGAGGGGGACGGCACUGAGGAUCUGUCUGAUACGGCCCCCCUGAUCUGA